AUGGUAAGUGAGGAGCUGGCAUUAGCUAGUUCCCUGGCGAAACCGGGGGCGCUCAGAGAGCCAGAAAGCUUUGCCUUUAGAAUUUCUUCCACCUUGGAAACAAGAUUUCUCUGCUACCUGCCAAUUAAAACAGGUCUUCUUUGCUGCUCCAUCUCCCCUUUCCUCUCCCCUAUCUUCUCUUGGCUUGCUAUGUCUGCCUCUCUGUCUCUUUCAUUCUCAACCUCUCUCAUCCUUUUGUCCUUUAUUUCUAUUCUGGACAUUCUCCCAACCGUUUCUUUACACCUGCACUCACUUUUCAUUCCACCUCUUCCUCUGGAUUAUGCACAUAUUUGCAAACACUUGAACUUGAGGCUAGGGAACACCGUUCUGCCUUGCCAAGACCAGUACUUUGUAGGAGGCCAGAGCUAUAAUUGUCCGUAUUCCGCUACAACGUCAGAAUCUAGUGUUGACGUUUCCACGGAGACUUGGGUCUCUUUCUGGGCUGCUGGUCUCCUGGACAACAGAGAGCCCCAACAGGCACCACAGACACAGGAACCAUCAGGUGACUCGAAUUUCCCUGUUCCUAAUUUGUGUUCAUGGGAAGAGGCUCAGCUUUCCUCUCAGCUCUACAGGAAUAAGCAGCUCCAAGAUACUCUGGUACAGAAGGAAGAAGAACUUGCUAGGUUACAUGAAGAGAAUAAUCAUCUCAGACAAUACCUGAAUUCUGCUCUAGUUAAAUGUCUUGAGGAAAAAGCCAAGAAAUUGCUGUCAUCAGAUGAGUUCUCCAAAGCAUGUAGAAAAUUCAGAAAGGGGAAGAGGAAACCCAAAGAGCAAAUAUAUUUUCCUCCUGAGAUUCCCCAUCAUAAAAAUGCCAAGAGAAGCCUUGCUAGUGAAUUUGCUAACUGUGGACAACAUGGACCCCCUGUGGAUCCCUGGGUUCUUCAGACACUGGGGUUAAAAGACCUCAACACCAUUGAUGACACCUCAUCAGCUAACUACAGUGCCCUCUCGUCUCAUGCCAGACAGACCACUAGCACAUUUCCCCAGUUUCUGGAUGAGGCAAUUGAUUAUCCCAAUGCCCCUGGGGAAGAUCUGCCAAUUGACUAUGGAGGUGAUAGAACAACCCCCUCGCAAGGCACUGCCAGCCACAGUGAAGAUUUUCACUUCCUUUCUCAACUUUCAAAUCCUCCAGGAGGACUACAAACUCUUCCUUUCUGUACUUCUGAUGUGUCACCCAAUAAGACAGAGAUGGCCUUUUCCACAUCCUUGAGCCCUCACUGUAAUGUGAAAACGCACUCCUUCCACCAGGGACAAGCUUUUGUUCGUCGAGAUGAAGAGGGAGGCUGGAAGUUUACCUGGGUCCCUAAGCAGUCUUAG